UUUGAAUAGAAUUUUAUUAUAUUUAUUAACAUAUUAAAAAUUAAUGUCUAAAAAAUAAUAAAAAAUUUUAUUACUAAUAUUCUAUAUGAAAAAUAUAUUUUAUUUUGUUGAGUAAUUAAAACAAAGGUUUUUAUUAUCACUUACUUUAUUUCAAAAUUCGUAUAAAUAAAUUUUUUUCAAAAAUAAAAUUAAGUUGGCUCCAAUACUUCAAUAAAAGUAAACAUUUAUAUUAACUAGCUACAAUAUAAAAUUAGAACUCUAAAGCAGUUUCUUAUUUUCAUUCUUAGCUUCCCAAUAAAAAAGAAAUAAAUCAGAACGUCAAAACAGUUUGCAGUAACAUUAUUAUCCUUGAAUGUUCUGCACAAUUAACUUAAUCACUUAAUAUAAAAUUAUUUUCUGAUCUGUAUCUAGCUAAAUUUGUAGAUGCUGCAAUAACAUUGUUCUUUCGCGUAAUUCAUUAAGGAAAUGAGUUAACGCCCACAUUCAAAUAAUAUCAAUCUGUAAAGUGGACAGAAGCGAGAACAACGGAAACUUUAUUAACUAAUGUGCUAAUUUAAUUUUCACUCAGUGACAGCCAACUCAACGUUGAUUAAUAAAUGAAGAAAGUUGCUGACUCUGCGUAAUUACAAAUUUACAGCCAUGUUUCGCGUUGAUGUCUUUGAAGACCAUUGCAUAAUUGUAAACGAAGUUGUGAUUGUAAAGCACGGUUGUGAACCAAAUAGUUUUAGAAAUAAGAGCAUAUAAGAUACAAAAAUGGAUAGCUGCGGAUGUAUUAUGAAAUCCUUUCUGGUCGCCAUAAAUCUCGUCAUUCUCAUUAUCGGAACUAUCUUAACUAUUGCAAGCGUGUGGGGUCUAAUUGGUCAGUCAUCAUGGAUAGGAGAAGCGGGGAACAAUCGAUUGGCUGCCGUACUUAUCGUUCUAGUGAUUUCCGGAAUCAUCGUGAUGUGUAUCUCUAUCUUCGGAAUAGUUAUUGCCUUGCGUGAAACCAAGUGUAUGCUCCUAUCAUACGCCAUAUUUGCGUUUCUAUUGCUUGUGAUUGAAAUAAUUGGCGGCGUUCGACAAUUCAAUUCCCACAAGGAAAUGAUAAAGUUAUUAGAGAAAGAGAUGGAACAUUCGCUGCAAUUUUACAAUGAUAAUAUAUUUACUCGCAACUUCUGGGACAUGACGCAAUCGGCGUACCAGUGUUGCGGAGUUAAUAGCUGGGAGGAUUGGAAAACACAUGGUCUUAAAGUACCAGACAGCUGUUGUAAAUCUAAUCAGCUAUCGGACUGCCACGCUGACCAACAUAUCAAACAAAUUUUCCAAGUUUACGCGGAGGGUUGCGUAAACAAACUACUAAGCCUCAUGCAGCAUUUUACAAACAUUACGAAUGGUGUUAGCAUUACAGUCUCAUGUCUCUUGUUCUUGGGAAUGAUAUUCUCUUUAGCGCUCUACAAGAAGAUCAAAUAACAGGAUAACAAAAUAUAGUCUAAAGCUGUUUCUAAUAAAACGGGUCGGGGAAGUAGUGGGUCUCCGAAGUCUUUAGAGAAUUCGUGCAACUUUACCAAUCAAUAAAAUUAUUUGUCGUCAUAAACACGAUUGAUCAUAUCGUGAUAAUUAAAAAGAAAAACGGAUUUCUAUCCGAUUAUUCCGCAAGUUUCGCUACUUAAUAACACACAUAGUAUUAUGCGUCAUGAUAAUAUUUACAUUUUAAUAUUAUAUAUAUAUAUAUUUACAAUAUUUUAAUUGUAUAUUGCAUUAUAUUGCAUUCCCAGAUAGCAAAGCCUGCAGAGACUGAUUUUCUUCAGAUCAUGCUAAUGAUUUUUCAUAGCAGAAGGACAACAUAUUACACACAGUCUGAAAUAGCUAAUGAUGUCGGUAAAACAAACGUUAAAAUAUAACUAAUUGUAAGCAUAGAAUACCAGCAGAUUGUUAGCAGAAAUUAUUCAGGAUUAUUUAGAAAUUAUGCAGCUCCUACUCGAUUUCUGCCACCAAUAUGUUGAUAUAAGAUUAGCAAGGUUUGUUAACAGAUCUUCCGCAAACUGAUUUAACAGAUGACUACAGAUCUAUAAUCAAAAUAUAAUCGAAUAUAAUGCCAACCCAUUAAUAAACUGCUAACAUUUUCUUAUUUAAUACUGCUGGACCAGUAUGUUCGCGUAUCAUAUAUGUAUAUAUUUUAUAUUUUGUGCCGUAAUAAAUAUAAUAUGUGUACAUAUAUAAAUGUGAGUUUGUACAUCCCUUUCAAUAAUUACUUACUCUUAAUCGAUCAAACUGAAUCAUUAUAAACUUUUUUA